AGGAAAAGAACCAAGGAGUCAGCCUGCCCUUCCUGCGAGCCAGCGGCAGCUGUGGGCCAGACAGAGAACCAACAAGUCAGCCUGCCCUUCUGUGAGCCAGCCAGCAUGCAGGCUGGGAGACAAGAAGAGCCCCCCACCCUUUACCCCUCCAGGCAACCGGCUGAUUCAGAGUAACUCAGACUGGGAUAACUGAGCCUCUCCUACCUGAGCCUGUGGGCUUCUGGAGUGAUCUUGGCCAUAGUCUUCCUCAAGCUUUUUCACCUGCUGCUGCGGAGACACAAGUUGGCCAAGGCCAUGGACAACUUCCCGGGACCCCCAACCCACUGGCUCUUUGGGCAUGCCCUCGAGAUCCAGAAGACGGGAAGCUUGGACAAGAUGGUGUCCUGGGCCCACCAGUUCCCUUAUGCCUUCCCACUCUGGGUGGGACCAUUUAUUGGCUUCCUGAACAUCUAUGAGCCUGACUAUGCCAAAGCUGUGUACAGCCGAGGAGACCCAAAGGCUCCAGAUGUGUAUAGUUUCCUCCUCCAGUGGACUGGGAAAGGCCUGCUUGUUCUUGACGGAAGCAAGUGGUUCCAACACCGCAAGCUUCUCACACCUGGCUUCCAUUAUGAUGUGCUAAAGCCCUAUGUGGCUGUGUUCACAAGCUCUGCAAAUGCCAUGCUGGACAAGUGGGAGGAAAAAGCUCGUGAGAAUAAAAGCUUCGACAUCUUCUGUGAUGUGGGCCACAUGGCACUGGACUCACUCAUGAAGUGCACCUUUGGCAAAGGAGACAGUGGCCUGAGCUACAGGGAUAGCAGCUACUACCAGACAGUGGCUGACCUCACACUGCUGGUGCAGCAGCGCGUUGACUCCUUCCAGUACCACAAUGACUUCAUCUACUGGCUCACACCCCAUGGCCGUCGCUUCCUGCGGGCCUGCCAGGCAGCUCAUGACCAUACAGAUCAUGUCAUCAGGAAUCGGAAGGCAGUCUUGCAAGAUAAGAAGGAGCAAGAGAAGAUCCAGCACCGGAGGCACCUGGACUUCCUGGACAUUCUUCUGGGUGCUCGGGAUGAAAGUGGCAUCAAGCUGUCUGAUGCAGACCUCAGGGCUGAAGUGGACACAUUCAUGUUCGAAGGUCAUGACACCACUACCAGUGGCAUCUCCUGGUUUCUCUACUGCAUGGCUCUGUACCCGGAACACCAGCAGCGUUGCAGGGAGGAGGCCCGUGAGAUCCUAGGAGACCAGGACUCCUUCAAGUGGGAUGAUCUGGGCAAGAUGACAUACCUGACUAUGUGUAUCAAGGAGUGCUUUCGCCUUUACCCACCUGUGCCUCAGGUGUACCGCCAGCUCAGCAAGCCUGUUGACUUUGUGGAUGGCCGCUCUCUACCUGCAGGCAGCCUGAUCUCUCUGCACAUCUAUGCCCUCCACAGGAACAGUGCAGUGUGGCCUGACCCUGAGGUCUUCGAUCCUCUGCGUUUUUCUCCUGAGAAUGCAUCUGGACGCCAUCCUUUUGCCUUCAUGCCCUUCUCUGCUGGGCCCAGGAACUGCAUCGGACAACAGUUUGCCAUGAAUGAGAUGAAGGUGGUCACAGCUCUCUGUUUGCUUCGCUUUGAGUUCUCCCUGGACCCUUCACAGCUGCCCAUCAAGCUGCCCCAGCUGGUUCUGCGUUCAAAGAAUGGGAUCCACCUCCACCUGAAGUCACUGCGCCCUGAGUCUGGGAAGUAACUCUGUAGAGAGUAAAGCUCCAGUCAGCCCAAGCUCUUCCUUCUCCCUGAGCACCGCUCUCCCAGAUGAAUGUAGAGUAGUUGUAGCUUUCUGCUUUCAGGAAUCUUAUUGUUUGGGAGGGGAGUAGGCACUGGCACAGAGAACCUCCAGGAGGACAAUGCCACUCAAAUGUUGAGUGUCUGCAAAUACUUGUUACCUAUAUAUUCAAGAUCUCAUUCAUUCACUUAGUUGGGGAGUACAGACUCAUCUCAAGAAGUGUCAUUUAUCUCCUAUAAUUAACAGUCUUUCUAAAAUGUAGGAGAAAUGUGCUUUGCAGCCUUAGUGACUUAGUGAAUACAGUAGAAGCUUUGCUGUGGAUUCAUGAUUAUGACCUGGUAGCAUGUGAUUGUGGGGUGGCUCAGGGAAUUGUCCCUCAUGGAGAUGUGUUUUUAUGUUUAAUUGUGUAUGUAUAAUAUAAUUAAAAUGAAGAAAAAUUAUCUAAAUCAAAA